AUGGAAGUACCAACUACCAGGUCCCUCGCGGACAUCUACCCACAGGACGCAUUGGAAAGCCAGACGGCACGAUGGAACAACCUCUUGAGCACAUUCAAGGAUCGAUAUGCGAAGCUACCAGAUUUCGUCUCGAGAAGUCCCGGCAGAGUCAAUAUCAUCGGCGAGCACAUCGAUUAUUCGCUCUACGAAGUCAUCCCCAUGGCUGUAACAGCCGACGUUCUACUCGCCGUGGCAGUUCACAAGAAAGAGUCGGGUCCUAGUACAGUGCGAUUGACGAACAUCCACCCGCAAAAGUUCGAGUCGCGAGAAUUUCAGAUGCCAGAUACGGGAGAGGUGCAUAUUGACUCGGCGACGCUCGAGUGGACGAAUUAUUUCAAAUCCGGGCUUGUCGGUGCCACGGAGUUGCUGAGGAAGAAACAUAAGGACUUUAAGAGCAGUGUCGGCAUGGAUAUCCUGGCAGAUGGUACGGUGCCCUCGGGAGGUGGUCUUUCCAGCAGUGCUGCCUUCGUAUGCGCCAGCGCUUUGGCUGUCAUGAGGGCCAACGGCGUUGAAGCGGUGGACAAGAAAGAGCUGGUAGAAUUGGCUAUCGUGUCGGAGAGGGCAGUAGGUGUCAAUUCAGGCGGCAUGGAUCAGUCGGCAUCAGUGUUCCCGUUGCAAGGCUCGGCUCUCUAUGUUUCCUUCGUACCGGAGUUGUCGGCGAAGAACAUCGCAUUUCCGGAGCUCAAGUCGCCUCUGACAUUUGUGAUUGCUCAAUCGUUUGUGGCAGCCGACAAGCAUGUGACGGCUCCAGUAUGCUAUAAUUUGCGAGUAGUUGAGGUCACUCUGGCAGCGCUUUUCUUGUCCAAGAUUUUUGGGCUGAAGGCACUUCCUCGAGACGCAGGCCCAUUGGGCGUGAGCUUGAGAGGGUUUCACGACACAUAUAUGCAGGAGAAGGAGGGCAUCAAGGAUAAUCACGCUGUCUCGAAAGCGCAGUUCCAAGAACAACUACAAGAUCUCAUCCACAAAGUCGACCACUACCUACCCCAGGAGGAAGGCUACACCAGAGAACAGCUAUCAGAAAUCCUCCAGAUGGACAUCAAGGAGAUGGAGCAGAAGUACAUGAGCAAAUUCCCAGUCCGCGCCGAGCGAUUCAAGCUACGACAAAGAGCAUUGCACGUCUUUAGCGAGGCCAUCCGAGUACUGAAGUUCAUGGAUUUACUCACAUCACCACCCCCACAAACCGAGAAGGAGAACACAGAACUCCUGCAGUCAUUAGGAGAGCUCCUGAACGAGACCCAAGAUUCAUGCCGAGAGAUCUACGAGAACAGCUGCCCCGAGCUCGAUGAGCUGUGUCAAUUAGCUCGAUCCGCAGGUGCAUAUGGAAGCAGAUUGACUGGGGCCGGCUGGGGAGGAUGCUCGGUGCAUCUUGUCCCGGAGAACAAAGUACAGGCAGUGAAGGACAAGUGGAUCAAAGACUACUACAAGAAGAAAUUCCCCGACAUUACGGAUGAGAAGUUGAAAGAAGCGAUUGUGGUUUCAAAGCCUGGCAGUGGAAGCUCUGUAGUCGAGCUAGAAGGACGGAGCAGUCUAUGA